AUGAGCAGGACUCUGCUGUGGUUGGUGGCCUCUGUGGCCUUGGCCUCCCUGACUUCUCUGGCUGAUGGAGUUCCAAUGACGUUGAUGUCUGCACCCAACCUGUUGCGUGUAGGUACAGCAGAACAAAUCUUUGUGGAGUGUCAAGACUGCACUGGAGCAGACAUCAUCGUCCAUAUCAGUGUGAUGAACCAUCCAGCCAAAAACAAAAGGCUGACAACCACAUCUGUGACACUUAACACUGAAAAUAAAUUCCAGAAGCUUGGACAGAUACUGAUCCCUGCUGGAGACUUCAGUAAGGACCCUAACAUGAAGCAGUACGUGUACUUGCAAGCUCAGUUUCCUGACCGACUGCUGGAGAAAGUCGUCUUGGUCUCCUUUCAGUCCGGGUACAUCUUCAUACAGACUGAUAAGACCCUCUACACCCCCAACAGCAAAGUUCAUUACAGGAUGUUUGCAGUGACGCCUGCUAUGGAGCCAGUAGAGAGAACCCAAGCUGAUGCUUCUAUUUCCAUCGAGUUUGUGACACCUGAAGACAUCAUUUUAACACUUGAUCCAGUGUCUUUGAAAUCAGGGAUGCACUCUGGAGAUUUCCAACUUGCUGAAAUUGUCAGUCCUGGACUGUGGAAGGUGGUGACACGCUUCCACAGCAGCCCACAGCAGAGUUAUUCUGCAGAGUUUGAGGUCAAAGAAUACGUGCUGCCCAGUUUUGAGGUUAAACUGACACCUGGGAGUCCCUUCUUCUACGUGGACAGUCCAGCGCUCAUCGUGAACAUCAAAGCUAUGUAUCUGUUUGGUAAAGUGGUGGAUGGGAACGCCUACGUGGUAUUUGGAGUUAUGCAAGAAGGUCAAAAGAAAAGCCUCCCAAAAUCUCUUCAGAGAGUGCAGAUCCGGGAAGGUAAUGGAGUGGCCAGUCUGACGAGAGAGCACAUCUUAAAGACUUUCCCAAACAUCCUCGACCUGGUGGGGACUUCCAUAUUCGUGGCCGUCAGUGUGCUGACGGAGAGCGGUAGUGAAAUGGUGGAGGCAGAGUUGAGAAACAUCCAGAUUGUCACAUCACCUUACACCAUUCACUUCAAGAAAACACCAAAAUAUUUCAAACCAGGAAUGUCCUUUGAUAUCACGGUUGAAGUUUUGAAUCCUGACGAAAGUCCAGCAAAAGGCUUGAAAGUGGUGGUGGAUCCAGGCCAGGUGCAGGGCAUAACCGCAGCCAAUGGCAUGGCAAGGCUUACCAUCAAUACAGAGUCAAACAUCCCAAGGCUGGAAAUCACUGCAAUGACCAAUAAUCCCGAUAUUACCCCUGAGAGACAAGCGUCAGCCAUCAUGGUAGCUCUCCCAUAUAAAACAAAGAGCAAUAACUAUAUCCACAUAGGUGUGGAUACGGCUGUGCUGGAACUAGGAGACAACAUGAAAAUUAACCUCAACCUCAACCGACAGGAAAACCAUGACACUGACAUCACAUAUCUGAUCUUGAGCAGAGGUCAGCUGGUGAGAAAUGACCGUUACAGGACCAAAGGUCAAGUUCUCAUUUCCCUCAUAGUUCCUAUUACCAAAGACAUGCUGCCAUCGUUUCGCAUCAUAGCCUACUACCAUACAAACAGCAAUGAAGUGGUAUCAGACUCUGUUUGGGUGGAUGUCAAGGACUCCUGCAUGGGCUCGCUCAAGCUUGAAUCUUCAAGACCCAAUCCAUCCUAUGAGCCCCGCCGGACAUUUGGUCUGAAGGUCACAGGAGACCCAGGGGCCACGGUGGGGCUGGUGGCAGUUGACAAAGGCGUCUACGUCCUAAACAACAAGCACCGUCUCACCCAGAAAAAGGUGUGGGACAUUGUAGAGAAGUACGACACAGGCUGCACACCCGGUGGAGGGAAGGACAGUAUGAGUGUGUUUUACGAUGCUGGGCUGAUAUUUGAGUCCAACACGGCUUCUGGGACACCCUACAGACAAGAAUCAAAAUGUCCGUCCCCCAGCAGGAGGAAACGAUCCUCUACUAUCAUGGAAGCCACAACCAGCUUAUUGAGUCCAUAUAAAAACAACAAGCUGGAGCGUGAGUGUUGUUUAGAUGGCAUGAGGGAAACCCUCCUCACAUACACGUGUGAGAGGCGCAGCAAGUACAUCAUUGAUGGUGAAGCUUGUGUCACGGCCUUCCUGCACUGCUGCAAGGAGAUGGAAACCCAGCGAGCUGACAGGAAGGAGGAAAGCCUCCAACUGGCUCGCAGUGAGGUGGAUGACAACAGUUACAUGGACAGCAAUGAAAUUGUUACUCGCACCAAGUUCCCUGAAAGUUGGCUGUGGUUAGAAGUCAAACUGCCUGCUUGUCCGAAACAAACACCUAACUGUGAGACCACAUCACUUUCGAGAAAUGUUCCUUUGCAAGACUCAAUCACAACCUGGCAGUUCACUGGCAUUAGUCUGUCAAGAACUCACGGAAUCUGUGUGGGCGAUCCGUUAGAGGUAAUUGUCCGGAAGGAAUUCUUCAUUGAUCUUCGGGUGCCGUACUCUGCUGUCCGUGGAGAGCAGCUGGAAAUUAGGGCAAUCCUACACAACUAUAGCCCCGAACGAGCCAUCGUGCGUGUGGAUCUGAUUGAGGAGGAGAAUGUGUGCAGUGCAGCCUCUAAACGUGGGAAGUAUCGUCAGGAGGUCAGAGUUGGGGCCGAUAGUACUCGAUCUGUGCCAUUCGUUGUCAUUCCCAUGAAAGAAGGGCAAUACCGCAUUGAGGUCAAAGCAGCUGUUAAAGAUUCGGCGCUCAAUGAUGGCAUCAUGAAGGUGCUGCGGGUGGUGCCUGAAGGUGUAUUGGUUAAAUCUCCUAUGAUUGUAACUCUAAACCCCUCUGUUAAAGGUGUUGAGGGUACACAAGAAGAAACUGUCAACAGUGCAAUUCCUAAGAAAGAUAUGGUUCCAAACACACCGACUAGCACACAGAUCUCUCUGACAGGGAGAGAACAAGUUUCUGUAUUGGUGGAGAACGCCGUUAGUGGAAACUCUAUGGGUACUCUGAUCAUCCAACCCUCAGGCUGUGGAGAGCAGACCAUGUACAGCAUGACUCUACCUGUCAUUGCAGCAACCUAUUUGGACAAGACCAACCAGUGGGAAAGUGUGGGCUUUAAGAAACGUAAUGAAGCCCUCCAACACAUCAAGACCGGCUACCAGAGGGAGCUUACUUACCGGAAAAAGGAUGCGUCUUACGCUGCGUUUCUCCAUCGCCCAAGUAGCACCUGGCUGACAGCCUAUGUUACCAAGGUGUUUGCCAUGGCCAACAGUCUGGUGGCGGUGAAAAGCGAAGACAUCUGUGACUCUGUGAAGUUUCUGAUUCUCAACACGCAGCAACCCGACGGCAUGUUUACAGAAAUUGGAAAGAUUAUCCACGGAGAGAUGAUUGGGGAUGUGCUUGGCGCCGAUACAGAUGCCUCCAUGACGGCCUUCUGCCUCAUUGCCUUGCAGGAGUCACGCACAUUAUGUUCCGCCACUGUUAAUAGUCUGCCAGGCAGUGUAGACAAAGCAGUGGCCUAUCUGGAAAGGCGUCUGCCCAACCUCAUCAACCCAUAUGCUGUUGCCAUGACGUCAUAUGCCCUGGCCAAUGAGGGAAAACUGAACGAGAAGAUCCUCUAUAAGUUUGCUUCCCCAGAGUCAUCCCACUGGCCGACGCCUAAGGGACAUGUUUACACUCUGGAGGCCACAGCUUAUGCUCUUCUUGCUCUGGUCAAGGCCAAGAACUUUGAAAAAGCCAGACCUGUCGUGAGAUGGUUCAACGAGCAGCAGAAGGUUGGCGGAGGCUAUGGAUCAACUCAGGCUACCAUGAUAGUGUACCAGGCAGUAGCAGAGUACUGGGCCAGUGCUAAAGAACCAGAGUAUGAUCUGAAUGUGGACAUCUUGUUGCCGGGCAGGUCGAGGCCGGACAAGUACAACUUCAACAUGAACAACCACUACUCCACCAGAACAUCUAAAAUCAAUGAUAUAAAUCAGAAUGUGAAAGUGACUGCCACCGGCUCUGGAGAAGCAACGUUGAAAAUGGUGUCUCUGUAUUACGCUCUGCCUAAAGAAAAGGAGAGUGACUGUACGAUGUUUGACAUGACUGUGAAGCUCACCCAAGGUAAUGUGGGAUCGGAUGAGAAGAUGUACAAACUGAAAAUAGAGGUUUUGUAUAAGAACAAGGACAGGGAUGCAUCCAUGUCAAUCUUGGAUAUUGGGUUGCUAACUGGCUUCGUGGUAGAACAAAAGGACCUGGACCUAUUGUCCCAAGGACAUGCUCCCAUCAUUUCGAAAUAUGAGAUGAACACAGUCCUGUCGGAAAAAGGCUCACUCAUCAUCUACCUGGACAAGGUUUCUCACGAAUACCCCGAAGAGAUCACUUUUAGGGUCAGACGGGAUGUGGAUGUGGGCGUCCUUCAACCAGCUACUGUGUCUGUCUAUGAAUACUAUGACCAAACACGUUGUCUGAAAUACUACCAUCCAGAGAGGAUAGAUGGAAAACUAAUGCGGCUCUGUAGAAAUGAUGAAUGCACAUGUGCUGAAGAGAACUGCAGUAUGCAGAAGAAGGACAAAGUCAGCAAUGAUCAGCGCAAAGCUAAGGUCUGCGAGACUGAAGUGACCAAUAAAAUAGAUUUUGUGUACAAAGUGAUGAUGGAAGGGUUUACGGCCGAGGUGUCCACAGAUGUUUACACAAUGCGGGUAGUGAAAGUCAUCAAAGAAGGAAGCUUUGAUGUGGGUCCUCUGAAGAAACUGCGCACAUUCCUCAGUUAUCCGCACUGCAGAGAGUCGCUAGAUCUGAUAAAGGGCAAAGAAUACCUUAUCAUGGGAGCAUCCAAAGAUAUUCACAGAGAUGAUCAAGCACAAUCGUAUCAAUAUAUACUUGGAGAGAGAACCUGGAUUGAGUAUUGGCCCACAGAUGCAGAGGGUCAAACGGAUGAUUACAGAAGGCCCUAUUUUGAAAUUGAGGAGAUGGUCCAGCAGUAUGAAAUCUUUGGAUGUCUGCAGUAG